GGGAGCGGCUGCGCCACCAUGAGCUUCCAAGAUGGCAGCUGCAGCUAUGCCAGCAGCGCCAACCCGGCCGCCGCCAGCGGCAGCAUGCGGCGGCGCCUGGAGGACCAGGAGUUCACCCUGCGCGUGUACCCGGGCUCCCUGGCCGAGGGCACCAUCUACUGCCCCGUCGGCGCCCGCAAGAACACCACGGCGGCCGAGGCCAUCGACUGCCUCAUUCAGCGGCUGCGCCUGGACCGCACCAAGUGCUACGUGCUGGCUGAGGUCAAGGAGUUUGGAGGCGAGGAGUGGAUCCUCAACCCCGGCGACUGCCCGGUGCAGCGCAUGAUGCUUUGGCCCAGGAGCGCCUUGGAAAACCGUGCCGGCCUGGGCAGCGGUGAUGACUACCGCUUCCUACUACGGGAAAAGAACCUGGAUGGGUCCAUUCAUUAUGGCGGCAGCCUGCAGAUGUGGCUGCGGGUGACCGAGGAGCGGCGACGCAUGGUGGAGCGGGGUUUCCUCCCCCAGCCGGCGGGCAGCGACCCCCCGACUGACCUCUGCGCUCUACCGGAACUGACCGAGCGCGCCCUACUGGAGAGCCUGCGGGCGCGUUUCCGCCAAGAGAAGAUCUACACUUACGUCGGGAGCAUCCUCAUCGUAGUCAACCCCUUUCAAUUCCUGCCCAUAUAUAACCCCAAGUAUGUCAAACUGUAUGACAACCACACGCUGGGUAAACUGGAGCCGCACAUCUACGCCGUGGCAGACGUGGCCUACCACGCCAUGCUGCAGCGACGGCGGAAUCAGUGCAUCGUCAUCUCUGGAGAAAGCGGCUCCGGGAAGACGCAGAGCACCAACUUUCUUAUUCAUCACCUGACCGCACUCAGCCAGAAGGGUUUCGCUAGCGGCGUGGAGCAGAUCAUCCUGGGGGCGGGGCCUGUGCUUGAGGCCUUCGGGAACGCCAAGACGGCACACAACAACAACUCCAGCCGCUUUGGCAAGUUCAUCCAGGUCAACUACCAAGCGAGUGGCACUGUCAGAGGGGCCUACGUGGAAAAGUACCUGCUGGAAAAAUCGCGUCUAGUCUACCAGGAGCACAAUGAAAGGAACUACCACGUCUUUUACUACCUUCUGGCUGGAGCCAGUGAAGAAGAAAGGGAGUCCUUCCACCUGCUCAAACCUGAGGAAUACCACUACCUCAACCAGAUGACAAAGAAAUCGCAAAAACUCUACUGGGACAAUUACUAUGAGAGCGAGCUGCAGGACUGCUUCAGCGUGGAGGGCGAGGAUCUGAAACACGACUUUGAGCGUCUGCAGCUUGCGAUGGAGAUGGUGGGCUUUCUUCCAGCAACACGCAAACAGAUUUUUUCGCUGCUGUCGGCCAUAUUGCACCUGGGCAACAUCCGCUACAAGAAGAAGACCUACAGGGACGACUCCAUCGACAUCUGCAAUCCAGAAGUUCUUCCCAUCGUCUCGGAGCUGCUGGAGGUGAAAGAGGAGAUGUUGCUGGAAGCGCUGACCACCAGGAAGACUGUGACCGUUGGGGAAAGGCUCAUCGUGCCCUACAAACUUGCCGAGGCGGGCACCGUUCGGGACUCCAUGGCCAAAUCCUUGUACGGCGCUCUCUUUGACUGGAUCGUGUUCCGGGCAAAUCACGCUCUGCUCAACAACAAGGACCUGGAGGACAACUCAAAGAUCUUUUCCAUUGGCGUGUUGGACAUAUUUGGAUUUGAGGACUAUGAAAACAACAGCUUCGAGCAGUUCUGCAUCAACUUUGCCAAUGAGCGGCUACAGCACUACUUCAACCAACACAUCUUCAAACUGGAGCAGGAGGAGUACCGAACCGAGGGCAUUAGCUGGCACACCAUCGACUACAUCGACAACAGCAGCUGCAUCAACCUCAUCAGCAAAAAACCCACGGCGCUCUUCCACCUGCUGGAUGAGGAGUGCAACUUCCCUCAGGCGUCCAAUCAGACCUUGCUGGACAAGUUCAAGCGGCAGCAUGAGGGAAACAGCUACAUUGAGUUCCCCGCCGUCAUGGAGCCCGCUUUUAUCAUCAGACACUACGCCGGGAAAGUCAAAUAUGGCGUUAAGGACUUCCGAGAGAAGAACACGGACCACAUGCGUCCCGACGUGGUGGCCCUGCUGAAGAGCAGCAAGAACGCCUUCAUCUGCGGUCUGAUGGGAAUCGACCCCGUGGCUACGUUCCGCUGGGCCGUGUUACGCGCCUACUUCAGGGCCCUGGUGGCUUUUAGAGAGGCUGGACGUAGACACACGCAAAAGAAGACAGGUCAUGACGCCGCCGUCCCUUGUAUUGCCGUCAAAACUGUCGACAGUUUCAGUUUUCUUCAUCACCCGGUUCACCAGAGGAGCCUUGAGAUCCUUCAAAGGUGCAAGGACGAGAAAUACAGCAUCACCAGGAAGAAUCCUCGCUCUCCGCUGUCAGAUCUUCAAGGCGCCAACACCCUCAAUGAGAAAGCCAGCUGGGAUGGCUUCGGCGUCGGCUGCAACGGUCGCGGCUCGAAGUCGGGACGUCUGUCUUCCACAGGAAGCCCGACGGCCUUGGGAGAGGACGGCAUCUUUGUCAACUCGUCCAACAGCAAACUCCUGGAACGAGCUCAGGGAAUUCUACUGAGAAACAAAAACUGCAAAACCAAACCCAGCCUCCCCAAGCACUUGUUAGACGUGAAAUCUCUUCGCCACCUAAGCAGUGUGACGCUCCACGACCGCAUCACCAAGUCGCUGCUUCACCUGCACAAGAAGAAGAAACCGCCUAGCAUCAGUGCACAGUUCCAGGCUUCCCUCAACAAACUAAUGGAGACUCUUAACCAAUCAGAGCCAUACUUUGUCAAGUGUAUCCGCUCUAAUGCUGAGAAGCUACCGUUACGUUUUAAUGACAGCUUAGUGCUCAGACAGCUGCGGUACACAGGCAUGUUGGAAACGGUCCGUAUCCGACAGUCGGGAUACAGCAUCAAGUACACUUUCCAGGAUUUUGUUCGUCACUUUCAUGUGCUGCUCCCUCGAGGCACCAGCGCGACCAAGUCGGGCAUUCGGGAGUUCUUCAGGCAGAUCCACCUGAUGCCCGCUGGCUACCAAGUGGGCAAUACAACGGUAUUCCUGCGAGAGGCGGAGCGUCAACGUCUUCAGACGCUCCUCCACCAGGAAGUUCUGCGGCGUAUCGUCACGCUGCAGCGCCGCUUCCGAGCGGUCCUGGAAAGGAAGAACUUUGUCAGAAUGAGGCAGAGUGCACAUGUUAUCCAGCGAUGGUGGCGUAACUGCCUUCUCAGAGAAUCCGCUAUGGAUCUGAAAAUUCAGGAGCAAGCGGUUAUUUGCAUUCAAGCGUCCUGGAGGUGCUGCAGGCAGCGCCGGAGGUUCGUGCGGUGGCGGCACUCGGCCGUGGCGAUCCAGAGAAGUUGGAGGAUCUGCCGCCGUCGAAGGAUCGCAGCGGCCGUCACGGUGCAGGCGGCCUGGAGGGGAUUCGUACAGAGGAGACACUACUGUGAGAUGUACAGGACUGUGGUGCAGCUACAAGCCAUGGGAAGAGGAUACCUGGCCCGGCAAAGGUUCCGAGAGCUCAAGCAGCGGUAUGAACCACAAACACCCAUCCUUCCAGAACCCAAUCAUGACCUCGCCUCAUCAGAACAAGAAGGGGUGCAGAACAUCUCUGAAGAACCACCUGAAGACUCCACACACUCUGAGAAAGAGUCGGAUAGACGUCGGAGUAUGGACGAGGCAAGCCACAAGACCAGAUCCAAGAGAGAAAGCAGGCGGAUGAGAGAAUUAGAACAAGCUCAGUUCAGUUUGGAGCUUCUCAAGGUUCGCGCUGGUAGCGUCGUUGCACCACCUCAAGGCGAGAUAGGACCAGAUAGCAGUACCUGUCCGCUGGUGGACCUUUGCGAGCCUUCUACUUAUAGGUCUCCUGAAAAUGUUGAAAUACUCACUGUUGAGGACAUGGAGACUGACGGUUCAGGAGGUUUUGGGUCCAAGUUGACUACGCCUCUGGAACAAGAGCCUAUCAGAGAUUCAAACCACAAUGAAAAGCCUAGGACUGGGUCUCCUCUUAGGACUGAGAGUCCAAGAGCAACAUUUUACAUUGCUUCUGAUCAAAGUCCUGUGCGAGAGCCGAAAUGUGAAAGCCCUGGUAAAUCUUACAAUGACAGAAGGGACUCUACCUCUCGAAAACCUGUCGUGGUCUUGAUCAGCAUGCAAAAGGAAAUUCCUCUGGAAGAAGGUAUCCUUAUAUCCCGAACUCCAGAAAAUACCUCUCAACAUAGAGACACACCAAAUUCCCAACAAGUUCACAUAUCAGGUUUAGAGGUAGGGUCUAUGUUUGAACCAGCAAAUGAAAGGACUACACUAAAGAUCUUUGGGGAUGGGAAAUCCUCUGCUCUUGUAGCAAGUCCAGAGGUUCCUAACCUUUGCUCCUCAGAAGUGGACAUCAAGAUCACCCUGGAGCCCAAACCAGGUGCUACCCCCGUUCACAUGAGUCAGCAGGAGAAGAAAAUUGGUUCUCCCAGCCCGGUCCUUGACACUAAACCACCCAAAGCCCAGAAGAAGAGCUCGGCCCAGACUGUGAUCGUCAACAUGAUGGAAAAACCCUCCAACACUGUGUUCUCGCCGCCUCGACGCAAGCUGCCUUUUUCCAAGUCAGACAAGGAUUUGGUCAAUCAGGAAAGGUCGUUCUCAAUGUUCAGAGAUGAUUCCAGGACCAGAGAGGUGGGCCGUCCGGUCCCAAAAAAGAAAGCGCGUAUGUCCCGGACACGCUCCGACUUCCUCACGCGCUGUAACUCGGAGGGAGCGACGCAGUCAGAUGAUGACGACGAAUACUACGUCCUUGCUCAUUCCCGCACGCUGCCCCCUACCUUGUGCCCCCCACGCGCCCGCUCCAGGGCUGACUGUCACAGUGACUCCGAGAUGGAUUCCCACAAAGAUUCUAAGAAGAUCCAUAAAACCAUGUCAUCAGGGGAUCUGGGCAAAGUCGAGGUGCUGAGAAAGACCUCUAGUCAGGAUGGAAGCCGGAUGAGAGGGAAGAUGCGGUUCUGGAGUAAGAGCAAACACAGCGGAAAGAAAGUUUCCAGGGAGAAGCCAGCCAGUAGGAACGACUGUGCUACAGAGACACCUGAGCAUCCAUCCCCUCCUCACAGUCCCGAUCUGGAGGCAACUUCCCCACGAGUGCGCGACAGCAAGGAGAACAAAGAACCUUCACCCAAGAUGAAGCGACGACGCAGCGUCAAAAUCAGCAGCGUCACUCUGGAACCCGUGCAGUGGCAGAACGAUGCGCUGCAUAUUCUGAGCUCGGCUCACGACUAUCGCAGCAUGAACGACUUCCUCCUGAAAAAGAUCGCUGACCUGGAUAGCGAAAAUGGCAAAAAGGACACCAUGGUUGAUGUGGUCUUCAAGAAAGCCCUGAAGGAGUUCCGCAUCAACAUCUUCAACUCGUACUCCACAGCCCUUGCUAUGGACGAUGGCAAGAGUAUCCGUUACAAGGAUUUGUACGCUCUUUUCGAGCACAUCCUAGAGAAAACCAUGCGGCUGGAACAGCGCGACUGGUGUGAGUCGCCCGUCAAGGUGUGGGUCAACACUUUCAAAGUCUUCCUGGACGAGUUCAUGACCGAAUACAAGCCCAUGGAGGGGACCAUCGGAAGGGCUGCCAAACGAGAGCGCAAGAAGUCUCGCAAGAAAGAAACUGACAUUGUUGAGGAGCACAAUGGUCACAUCUUCAAAUCCACGCAGUACAGUAUCCCCACUUACUGCGAGUACUGCUCCUCCCUCAUUUGGAUGAUGGACCGAGCUUGCGUCUGCAAAUUGUGUCGCUACGCCUGCCACAGAAAGUGCUGCUCCAAGAUGGCCACCAAAUGCAGUAAAAAGUACGAUCCUGAGCUGUCGUCUCGUCAAUUCGGCGUUGAGCUCUCGAGGCUCACCAGCGAGGAGCGCAACGUGCCUCAACUGGUGGAGAAGCUCAUCAACUACAUCGAGAUGCACGGCCUCUACACGGAGGGCAUCUACAGGAAGUCGGGCUCCACCAAUAAAAUCAAGGAACUGCGUCAAGGUCUUGACACUGACGUGAACAGUGUUAGCUUAGACGACUACAACAUCCACGUCAUCGCUAGCGUGCUCAAGCAGUGGCUCCGUGACUUGCCCAGCCCGCUCAUGACAUUUGAACUCUACGAGGAGUUUCUACGAGCUAUGGGUCAACCUAACAAGCGAGAGGUCAUCCGAGGCGUAUACUCUGUCAUUGACCAGUUGAGCCGCACACACCUGAGCACGCUUGAACGCCUCAUUUUCCAUCUGGUCAGGAUUGCACUUCAAGAGGAGACCAACAGGAUGUCGGCAAACGCGCUAGCCAUCGUCUUCGCUCCCUGUGUCCUGCGCUGCCCGGACACCAUCGACCCUCUUCAGAGCGUCCAAGAUAUCAGCAAAACCACAGCGUGUGUGGAGCUGAUAAUCAACGAGCAGAUGAGCAAGUACAAAGCGCGCCUGAAGGACAUCAACAGUCUGGAGUUUGCCGAAAGCAAAGCAAAAAGCCGGUUGACCCACGUCAGGAGGGCUAUGAGCAAAAGCCGUGCUCGGCAAAGCGGCACCCACGCGCAAUCGCCACCACUCAGCCCCAGGGUGGCGCCCUCGGUGGCGGACGGCGAGAGCGUGGGAACGGGAGGCGAGGAACCGUCCGAAGCCACGCUGAGUGAACAGCAGCAGAUUGCCAUGCAGCAAGAGGAACGGAUCCUCACUGAGCAGAUCGAGAGUCUGCAAAAAGAAAAGGAGGAACUGACGUACGAAAUGUUAAUCUUGGAGCCGCGAGCGUCCGACGACGAGACUCCUGAAUCGGAAGCGUCCAUCGGCACGGCGGACAGCUCUGAGAACAUCACCAUGGAAACCGAAGGGGCCACAGCAGAGACCCCAGAUUCGGGUACUUGGAGCUGCAGAAAAUUGGACCCCAAGAGCAGGCGACCUUUGCGGCACCUUCCCGAUUCUGUGGACUCCGCCGACUCAGUGUCUGUUGUCUCCUGCUCCUACCGACCGCCAUCCGCUUCGCCGUCCCCUCACUACCGCUUCCGCUCCUCGUCGUCCGGUCCUCUGCUGGCGACUUACGGCCUCGGAGAGGCGGCGGCAAACGACGCAUCGGAUCCCGAGCGGCGACCCAGCAAAAGCCGUCCCGGUCACAGGCUACGACUGAGUCGCAGCUCGCCGCGUGAGCCGUCGAGCGGGCGCCGCAGGGAACCGGAAUUCGGCUCGGCGCCGCAGCAGCUGGUUCUGUACGGCAGCAACGAGUUCAUGGUGUGA